AUGGCAAGCAGUGUCAGAUUUCAUCCAUGCUUCCUUGUUGCCUCUAUUCUCUCAUAUUAUGUUACAGGCCUUUUGGCUACAGCUCAUAAUGUCCCCCAAACACAAUUAACACUACACAAAGAUCAACAUAUCAUGAAGUUCUCAAAUGGCACUCCACCAGUUGACAUCUAUGGCUCUGCAGAUACAGGCAGUAACCUCGUGUGGACACAAUGUCUACCUUGUGAUGCCUGCUUCAAACAGAUUCAUCCCAUGUUCGAUUCUAAAAAGUCCUCCACAUACCGCGAAAUUUCUUGUCAAUCAGAAGAAUGUCGUAUACUAUUGGAUGAAGCCACUGUUCUCCUCAAAAUAUUUGCAAUUACAAGACUGGAUAUGCUACUGGUUUGUCCAAAGGUGUUUGGGCGAAAGAAAAAGUUACCAUUAAUUCUACCUCAGGGCGGCUUCCAUUACGAAGGCCAUGCAACGGGAACCAUUGGGUUUGGAGCAGGGCCUUUGUCCUUUGUUUCACAAAUUGGUAGCAAGAGGUUUUCUUAUUGCUUGGUACCAUAUGGUACUGAUCCUAGUAUUACAGGCAAGAUAAGUUUCAGCAAUGGCUGUGAAGUUGUGGGUGAUGGUGUGAUUUCAACACCAUAUGUAGGUGGAGAUCAAUAUUAUUUGACACUAGAAGGAAUUAGUGUUGGAGACACAUAUGUGCCCUUUAACUCUUCAGGAGCAGAUGUGGAGUUAAAGCCCAUACAAACUUUCAAUCGACCAGUUAAAGAAUAUGAAUAUUACUGCUUUGCAAUUACAAAUAUUGCAAAUACUAAGUUGGAUUUUAAGGAUGGCGCAGGAGUAUAUGGCAGCAAUGUUCAAGCAAAUUUUUUGAUUGGGUAUGACUUGGAAACAAAGAUGGUCUCCUUCAAGCCAACUGAUUGCACCAAACUGUAG